GGAGCGGGAGGCGGCCAGCAGGGGGGGACGCCGUGCGCAUGCGCGCCAGCGCCCAGGCAAAUCGCUGUCCAUCCAGGAGCGAAGUGGGAUGAUCUGUCACUACACCUGCAGCACCACGCUCGGGGGACAGCUCCUGCUCGCAGCUUCCAGACCCAGGAAGCCUGAAGGGAAGGAAGGAAGUACGGGCGAAAUCAUCAGAUUGGCUUCCCAGACUUGGGGAUCUGAAGCGGGCCCACAUCUUCCGGCCAACUUCUAUUGAACUUCCAAGCACUCGAAAGGGACCGAAAUGGAGAGCAAAGAACCCCAGCUGAAAGGAAUCGUGACAAGGUUAUUCAGCCAGCAGGGAUAUUUCCUGCAGAUGCACCCAGAUGGUACCAUUGAUGGGACCAAGGACGAAAACAGUGACUACACUCUCUUCAAUCUAAUUCCCGUGGGGCUGCGUGUGGUGGCCAUUCAGGGGGUGAAAGCCAGCCUCUAUGUGGCCAUGAAUGGUGAAGGUUAUCUCUACAGCUCAGAUGUUUUCACUCCAGAAUGCAAAUUUAAGGAAUCUGUGUUUGAAAACUACUAUGUGAUCUACUCUUCCACGCUGUAUCGCCAACAAGAAUCAGGCCGAGCGUGGUUUCUGGGACUCAAUAAAGAAGGUCAAAUUAUGAAGGGUAACAGAGUGAAGAAAACCAAGCCUUCAUCACAUUUUGUACCAAAACCUAUUGAAGUGUGUAUGUACAGAGAACCAUCACUACAUGAAAUUGGAGAGAAGCAAGGGCGUUCGAGGAAAAGUUCCGGAACACCAACCAUGAAUGGAGGCAAAGUUGUGAAUCAAGAUUCAACAUAGCUGUGAACUCUUUCCUUCUUCCCUCAUCAUCCCUUCUCCUUCCCUCCCUUUACCCUCCCCAUUUUCUGCCAAUAAAUUUCACCCAAGGAGAGAAAAUUAAAAUGGCAAUGCAGGACCUAGUAGCUAAGAUUCUGCACAGAAAAUUUCCCUUGUUUAGGAAAAGAAAAUUGCACCAAAGCUUGCCUGUUGCAAUGUGGUAGAAAAUUCACAUGCACAAAGAUUAGCACAAAUAAAAGCAAAGGAAAAAAAAAUAAAUCAGGACUCCACAAACAGUAAUUUAAACUGUGUUGUUAUUACUAGAGGGCUAAUUGUAACGAAUGCAUAAGUAUAAUAAAGAUAAAAUACAGUUAUUAAAGAAAGGGUCAUGGAGAAUUGAAUUUAGAGAUUGAUGUUAGACUCUAACGUGAACUGGGUAAUACUGUGAUGUGUGCUUUUGUUUGAUUUUGUAUUUCCUUUGGGCAUCUGGAAUUGACACAAUUACAUCCUGUUUCUAGGGUUUUUUUAAACCAUAAAACUAAAUAUGUAUGAAUGAUACUAUUGCAGUGCUUAUAUAGUAUGGAGCCAGGAACCAUUUAACAUCAAGAAAACUUUAAAAAUGACUCUUGAAACUGUUAAGAUUUCUUUUGCAAAUGAAUGCUCCUAUGUUGAAUCUAAUGGUAUUCAGUGACUUAGCCCCUUCAUGAAAAGUUUCAGAUUCUUGUAAGAGAUACCAUAUUUUUAUCAAAGGUACAGAUCCAGAGUCUCAUUUAUUUUUGGCCAUUUAAAAAAGCAGUUACUGUCAUAAUUCUGAAGUAAAACCUGGCCAUUCUAGGUCAUUACUAUGUCCAGGCAGUAAGGUAUAAACUACUUGGCCUUACCUUUUGAGCUUAUUUUCUGUUUUGUGAACUCAUUUGAGAGUAUCAUGUGUAUGUCUAGCUGUCUCAGAGAGUUUUGUACCAUAUCUUGCAGCAGGAAAGGAGAAAAACACAUUUUAUAUAAGAAAAUAAGUCUGAGGAAAUUCAGUAAAAAGUGGAUUUGCCUUUGUACUCUGCUGCAGUUUUGUGUACAUAAGAUUUCCAAACUCUACGGGAAAUCCAAAGGCAUGGUUGUGAAAUUCCUAACUUAAUGUCUCAGGAAGACAGUGGGUUUUUGUUGAGUAUAUUCUCAUUUGUAAGUCUAGUUGAGAGAAGGGUCCUAGUGGCACAAUGAAUUUUUAAGGACAGACAGAAACUAUAUGGAAUUAGCAGCUAUGACUCCAACCGAUGGAGUUAUGAGUGGCCUGAGGUACUGAGAAAGAACUCAGUAUAGAAGCAAGCAAGCACACAGUUAGGAAUACCAAGGUAUUAGAAAAAUGCUAGCAAAGAAACAAAUGUAACAUAAUUACAUUGGACUUAAAAGAUACUUAGCCCUACAAACCAAGAAUGGUAUAGAGAUAUCCAAAUUCAAACAAAAUAAACCAGAAUGUUUAAAAUGUAUGCAGAUUUAUGGGUAUUAUUAAUAAGAAGAUUAGCAUGUAACUUCUCCUAUAUCUCUACUGUCCAGCAUGUACUGUUCCAAUUACAACUACCUAAAAUAUAUACACUUUGCUGAAACGCUAGGCCCUCACCUGAAACCUUGCCAUUGGUCACUAUGUUCUUUCAAGAUUGACAUAGCCUCCUUCACUCUACACAAUCAGUAUCCUUCAGCAGUGGUUCUUGUCCUUCACUAAGUUCCCUACUUCACCUUAUCAGGAGGUUAGGAGAAGAAUAAAUGGAAUAAUUUGGCUAAUAAGUUCGAAGAGUAAACAUCCACACAUCUAGCCAGAGAUUUUGAACACGUAUUUAUAAGAGGUACUUGUUAGAUCAAAAUACUUUGGAAGUUACAAAUGAAUAUAUUUAGAUUAAAACAACAACUACUAUUAAGAAGAAUCCUAUUUUUCUAGGAAAAAAAAAGCUACCCUUGGAGAAAAUGAGGAUGUGUGUACAUUUUCCUUGUUACUUAUGAUUCAAUUUGAUUAUGAAUACAUCUGUAACUUCCAGGAACAAAAAAAUCCCAAGCACAAGGGCUUAUUUUUCAAAAUGAUCAAGAAAGCUUAGAGGUCACAGUCUCUUUUAGCAUGAAAUGAGCAGAGCUUUUGUGGUGAUGCACAUAUACCCCUCACAGAGCUGCUGUUCACAAGUAACACAACUGAGGGAAUCCACACUCAUUUACCCUAACAAUCAAUGACACUAACAUACAAUGGAUUGUAUCUAGCCCACUUAAUUCUGAAAAGAUAUGCUAGAGGCAUGAAUCCAACAAAAUCUCUUCUUCUAUUUUCAGUGGGUGUCUGUCAUUUAACAUUUAUAGUCCUCCUUUCUGAGAGCUCAUUCAAACUGGGGAUAGAAUUCAGUGGGGGAGACUUUUUUUUUUUAGCAUGCAGGAAGCCUUGGUUUUAACCCUCAGUACUGGGGGGAGAAAUCUUCUAUCCAACCAAUCUAUAUAUAUUCUCCAUAGGAUGUUAAGUAAAUAUUCUGUGCAGAGAAAUGCUUUGGAAAUUUGUUUUAUUCAUAACUUGUUUCAGAGAAUCAGUUGGAAACCUCAUAUUUCUUUUGCACAUAAGCUUGACAAAAUUAUGAUCUAGAACACAAAAUAAAUGUUCAACAGCAGCUUGUUUUAUAAAUACAUUUAUCUCUUUAAUGGGAAGAGUCAGUAUUUACUGUGUUCCUAAAAUAUUACCAAUAUAAAUCUAAUUAUCCAAUUCCCUCCAACAAUGUGAAUUAGGGUUUAACAGUUAUAAUACUUUGUUCUUCAAGGUUAUCAUAAUAAGAUUUUUACUUUGAUUUUCAUUGUUCUAAUUUUCUGGGUCUUAAACUCAUUUAUCACAUAUUCAAUUUUAAGUGGAACAAACUUUUUGAAAUGCAUUGAAAUACUCCUAGGGGGAAAAAUGGUGUUUAGUAGAAAUUUAAUACUAGCUCUGUAAAUACAAGUUAAGGGAAGGUCACUGCAAUGUGCUUCAGAAUCACUGGGUUUGAGACUGAAAACAAAACUUUAAAAUUUAGAGUCUUACAAAAUAGCCUGCUGGUCAAGGUGCUUUGUUUUUAAGCUAAAAAUUGGAGAUAUAGAAAGAAAAAGUGCUGGUGUUCCAUUUGUUUUGAGGUUUUGUGUUUCAGGGAACCAGAAGAUAGCCAGCUGUCCUAUUCUUGGUCAUGUUAACAGUUUUGACUUUGAAGUAUACAUAUGAAAUUCAUAACAUUUAACCAUCAUGAUUUGGCACAAUAAAGAGACAUCAUGUAAUUCAGUGUGAUUCUUUUGGGGCCUCUUUCUCUGUUAAACAUGUUUUCUUAGAAAACAUGAUUCAAGAACCUUGCAGUUAAGACAAUGACAAGGUUAUAGCUGGAUAAUCUAAAUCUGUGGCACUGAGGUGCCACUAAUAAGACAUGAGAGUAUUAAAACAAGAGUAAAGGAAGAAGAGUGAUCGAUGGUUGUGUUUUUAAAAGGCUGAAGGCCCUAAUGUAGGGUCGCUGGUUUCUUGGUGAAGAAUAAUGGUUUUAACAUAGACCCAGCAAUAUCAAAUUCUUUCCCCCUCGUGGCUUAGUCGGCAAGGCCUUGCUCUUAAGAAAGUUUCCCAUGACAUUGCUUGAGUUCAUCUGCACAGGGUGACACAGUCAAACACAAAUUCCCUGUUCAUUUUACCAUCAUUAAAGGAUGAGGUUAUUCUCUGUCAUAAAAUUGUAAAUAGGAUUUUUUAAAGUCAGAAUCACACUUAAAACAGUGGAUUGUUCUACAAAUAUAUAUGUAUAUAUAACAUAUGCUUCCUAGAUGAGAUAUAUUAUAUAGAGUUUAUAUUUGAUUUGUGGUCUUUAGUCAUAGGUAAUCAAAAUAAAGAGAUUUGAAUGCAAAACUUUAUAUAUAAAUGUAUAUUUCUAAUGACAGUACAAAUUGUCACUUUAUAUUGAAAAAGAAAUACGUGGGAACAAUGAUCAAAGCACAUAUUCUGUCAAAACUUCAAUGAUUUUUAAUUCCCUCUAACUCAGAGAUAAUUUUUAUUUCUAAAACGUUAUCUUGAAAAGUUCUACUUCCCAAUACAGACUCUAUGAUAAGUUAUGUGGAUUGAAAAUUUAUGGUUCGGUGUCUGGAAAAGAAAGUUACAUGUUGAUCUUUAUUUGUCAGGAUUUUUCUGAAGCCCAAGUGAAAAAUUCAAUAUUUAAAUUCAAACUGUGUGAAGCUUAGGGAUGUUUUGGGAGGAUAUACUGAUCAUCAGUACCAAACAGAAACAAAAAUAAGAACAUUUUCCAUGACCAUAGCAUUAAAGUAAUGUUCUAAGCAACACUGCAUCAUUAAAUGUUUUAUUAGUUGGAAAGAAUGAGCUGAUAUUUGUUGGUGUUUGCUCCAAGCACAAUUUAAAGACAGUGUGUCCUUCAUUUUAUUCAAAAUUGUUCAAAAAGUCUAAAAUAUAUUCCUGUAAGUAGAAUUGGUACUAGUUCCAUUUCAAGGUUAAAUGUUACAAUCUUAAAUUGACACUGAAAUGUUUAAUAAACAUGUUACAUGAGAAA